AUGGGUGAUGAUAAUUCCUUCGCUAGCAUCUUGGCUGGGGUGAAGCGGAUGCGGGAUGAGUAUGAUGAUCAGCCCUCACAACCAGACCCCAAGCUGUCUCCUGCUAACCAAGAUGUACCGCCUGUUGAUAAACCUUCAGCGCCUCAACCUACAAGCCUGACACCUUCAGAAGAACCAGCCAAACCUAAAUUGAUCACCCGCAAACUUCCACCUAAAUCGGCGUCCUCACGCAGUGCCACCCCGGAACUGAACCCAGCGGGUUCGUCUAAUCAGGCAUUCCAAGGAUCGACAUUCAAGCGAACCAUGGCACCGGCGCUUCUGGAGAUUCUUGUUUCAAAGUCGCAAAAGGGCAAUCCCUUGCUCACUGACCUGGAAAUGAAGAUCACGUCGUGGGCCUACGACGGCGAGAUCUUAUGCGACUACUAUAUCAGUAAAACAUUCCAGAUCCUAUUCUUGUCACUCAAGUACCACAAGAUCCGACCCGAGUACAUCUGGACCCGUAUCAAAAAGCUUCAUCGUGGGGUGUCGGUGGAAGCCAAUCCCACGGGACCUAAAGACCACACUUUGAGAAUGCUUCUAUGUGUGGUGGACAUCGACUCACCUCAGGAGGUACUUCGGCAGAUAAACGACCUUUGCGUCAAGCUGGACUUGACGCUUGUCAUUGCGUGGCUGUACCGUGAGGCGGGGAACUAUAUUGCUAUGGCCAAGCUGUUGGCGGCGGCUCCUCUAAAAGCCGAGCGGAAUAUCAUACCGCCCAAGGCUGAGACCUAUCUUGGUAGCAUUACCGAUCUGCUCACCUCCAUCCCGCUGGUGAACAAAACCGACGUGAGGACGUUGCUUGCCAAUUGCGGGUCGUUCGAGAAGAUCGUGGAGGCAGCAUGCGACCCCAAUGCCCCCUUUGAGGAGUUGCAGGGUAUAGGUCCCACCAAGGCUGCCCGGCUUAAGCAAUGGUUUUCCGAGCCGUUUGUGUACAACAAACAAAAUUAG